AUGGCAGCCGCAAAAUGUGGAAUUCUAAAAAUGAACAACGAAAUGUUUUUGGGAAAUAUGGAUAUUUUUGCGGAUGUGAGUUUUUUUUUACACCAAACCGAAAUUUUGUGCUGAAAAUCUAAGAUUUUCAGCCCAGAAUUUAGGUCUGAAAUAUGAUUUCUCUUCUGAAAAUAAUGAAACUAUGUACAAUUUCAGAUUGGAAUUGAGCCAGAUAUUUUUGCUCGACGAUAUGUUGGCAAUGAACUGAAGGAAGACAUUCGAAUGUCGCAAUUGGCUUAUCAACAUCUUCUCGAUUUCAUCACCAAAUUUCAACACAAUUUCCAAAAUUUCAAAGAACAUUUGUUGGGAAAAUGUAAAAGUAUCGAUGAAGGUGUCCGAAAAAUGAUGGAAAUUGGAAAAUUCGAUGCGAAAGUAUUGGAAUUCUUCCGUCGAAAAUUGCCGGUUUUGGGAGUUUCAACAAUUUAUGAUCGAUUGAUGUUUCAAAAGGAUAUCAAGGAAUUUAUGAAGAUUUUUCGAAUUGAUCAGAAAUUGGAAGUACAUGGACCCACGAAUAAAAAUGUGAUUGUUGCAUGUUUGAAGAUGAUCUUGUUGGCUGUUGUAGCUACUGUUAAGUGAGUUUUAUUUGGGUGUUUUUUUUUUUUGAAAAAAAAAUGUUUACUGUUUCAAUGUUCGAUUUUCAAUGAAAUAUAUUUUGAUCACGAUUUCGUCAUCUAAAAUUUCAGAACUCAACCAUGAGUUAUGACGUGGCAAAGUUCGAAAAAUCGGUGAUUUUCAUGCAAGUCUGGAAUAUUUUUCGGAAAAAUCUGUAACUUUUUUUCUGAAAAAUCUUCGGAGCCUCCUAAGCAACCCUAUUCUAUCAGAUUUUCAUGAAAAUCAUUUUUGAAGCUAGGUUUCAGCUCAUACAUAAAAUGGGUCCCCAAAUUCGGUGCGGGGGGCUUAACUUUUUCGAAAUUUUUCAAGGGAAGGGGUCUAACUUUGAUGAAUUACAUAAUUUCUGUUUUUUCAGAGUCAAAGUCCAACUGGAAUUUUUUUUUGUAAUAUUUUUUAUUUGUAAAAAUAUAACAUUUUAUUAUUGCUUUCUAAAUAAUCUGCAACUCGAUCGGCGUUGGCAGAGUCUGUCCCAGAAGAACAAAUGUAUAUAUACAAGUAGCUUGUUCAAUUUUUUAGCAACGGAUUUGGAAACUCCAAAAAUCGCCUUCAUCAUUAAAAACCUUGAAAACACAGUUGGAACUGGACUGAAUUUGUCGAUCGAUUUUGAGUUUUUCUUUUUCUACCAACCUCCAUUUGCCACUUUCUACAAAAUUCAGCUCAAUGAAAUUCUAUUUUUUGCUUCAAAAACUUCAAUGGAUUUUUUUGUUUUCUGAUUCUACAAAAGCCGAUUUUCUCAAUCUGUCACUGGAACUCGAAAUCUCGACGAAUUAUUCAAAAACUAAACAAAAAACAUCAAUUUUGUAAACAAAACUCAGAUAUGUUAUGAUGGGAAAAAUAAGGGAAAAAUUUAAAAAUUUGAAAAAAAUCAAAAAAAAAAUUUUUUUUUCUUCAAAAUUUUUUUCACCAAGAAUUUUUUGGAACUACUUGACCAAACAUGGUGAUAUUUGGUACAAAGAUACUUCAACUAUCCUAGAUCUAAGUUUCAUAGACUAUAUUCUCUAAUUUUGCACUUCCUGUCUUUUCACUACCCCCUCCUUGUCAAAAGUCACGAUUUUUGGUCAAUUUCAUGCAUUUUCAGAUCCUAAUUCAAUUUUUACUUCACCAAUUCUAGUAAGACUUGGCACAAAGUAACUUCAACUAUUGUUCUUCAAAAUCGAAAUGAUAGAUGAGUGGUAAAUUGCGUUUUCAGACACUUAGACACCCCGCCCCUCUUUUGGGGCCAUACGCACCGGAUUAGGUUCGGGGUGUCUAAGUGUCCGAAAACGCAAUUUACUACCCAUGUAUCAUUUCGAUUUUGAAGAACAAUAGUUGAAGUUACUUUGUGCCAAGUCUUACUAGAAUUGGUGAAGUAAAAAUUGAAUUAGGAUCUGAAAAUGCAUGAAAUUGACCAAAAAUCGUGAUUUUUGACAAAGAGGGGGUGGUGAAAAGACGGGAGGUGCAAAAUCAGAGAACAUUGUCUAUUAAACUUAGAUCUAGGAUAGUUGAAGUAUCUUUGUACCAAAUAUCACCAUGUUUGGUCAAGUAGUUCCAAAAAAUUCUUGGUGAAAAAAAAUUUUGAAGAAAAAAAAAAUUUUUUUUUUAUUUUUUUUCAAAUUUUUAAAUUUUUCCCUUAUUUUUCCCAUCAUAACAUACCUGAGUUUUGUUUACAAAAUUGAUGUUUUUUGUUUAGUUUUUGAAUGAUUCGUCGAGAUUUCGAGUUCCAGUGACAGAUUGAGAAAAUCGGCUUUUGUAGAAUCAGAAAACAAAAAAAUCAUCGAAGUUUUGGAAGAAAGUCACAGAUUUUUAAAGUUGAAGCCUGCAGUUUGUAAAACGUGGAAAGUCACGGAAUUUUCGGCAGAUUAAGAAGAAAAACUCAAAGUGGUUUAUCUACAAAAUUGUUCCAUUUUAUAGUUCCAACAUAAGUUGAUAUCCAUUUCCAGAGUGAUAAUUGAUAAAGCCUCUCUCAUUUUUUUAAAGAAUAAAUGAACAAGCCACUUGCAUACAUUUGUCCUUUUUUGAGCGAAACUCCGACAAUGCCAAUCAAAAUUCGAAUUAUUAAAAAAGCAUUAACAAAAUGAUACAUUUUUACAAAUGAAAUAUACAUUACAUAAAAAAUUCUUUUAAAAAAUGAAAGGAAAAAAUCCGAUUCGAUUUCGUCUCUGAAAAAAUUAGAUUAUAUGAGAAGGAAUAUAAUAUUUGAGAAUGGGUAGUGCUGAAACAGUAGAUUCUUGAGUUUUGAAUUUGUCUGAUUUUUGUCAAAAAAUUUUUAAAUCUUUCGAAUAUAGUUCAAAAGUUAGAGGAAAGGGGGGGGGGUUAACUUUUGAAAAAAUUUUGGGAGGGGUGCUUAACUUAAAAAAUUUACGUGGGGGACCUAUUUUAUGUAUGUUUCAGCUCCUGAAUUUCUGAGUUUUCGAACUUUGCCACGUCAUAACUUAUGUUAGGAUUUGAAUUCUGCAAUUCAAUUUGUUCAGUCAGAAAUUCCAUGAAAUCGCUGAAAAUCAAUUCAAAAGUGUUCCUUUUGGACAGCGGUUCAAUCCAAUUAUCGAUUUUUCCAGAACUCUCGUCAAAUAUCGAAUCGAUUAUUCAACUGGCAAAUUUACUAAUUAUACAUUGAUUCCACAUCAAAUCUUGGUUAGUUUUUCAUCGAAUUUUUUCUAGAAGUCCCCAUUUUUUUGCAGGAUCUUGUUGAUGAUUUUGAUCGCCAAUCCAUAAUUGAUGAAAAUUCGGGAGAAGCUGAAGAGGUUAGUUUUUAUCGAUUUUUUUCUCAAAAACUUGAAUAUUUUUUCAGAUCUCAUCCCAAGACUUUGCUGAUUGUCAAAUUAUCGGAGAAAAAAAGGCUGAAUAUCAGGAAACUUCAGGAGAACGAAAAGUUCCAAGUUAUUUCACAUUUUUCCUUAAAAACUGUUUUGGAACUGCUAGAAUUUUGGGAAAAGUUAAUGAAAAUGUGAGUUUUUCUAGCAAGCAAAAUUCAAAUUGGAUUUUUUUUUCCCUAUAGAUUCUUCCACCACCAGCCAUGGAUCGAGAUUAUUCGGAGAUAAUUCAAGAGAAGCCUUCGAGAAAGAGAAAAAAUGGUUAG